AUGGAUCCUGCACUUGGACCCAAAGGUGGAGGAUACUACAAUGGUUCGGCAAACUGGAACAGCCCUCAACCUAUGGACCAUGUUGUUCAGCUUCCUCCACCACCGGGAGUGAUGGGAACACCAAUGGGUGGUCCUGGUGGCUGGGCCGCACCACCCCCAGUAAUGACAAGCAGUGAAUAUAGCUCUGGUUAUUCAGGACAACACCAACACCAACACCAACACCAACACCAUACACCAUUGCCACAAUCACCAAACAUGGGUCUUGGAUUCAGCAAGAGCCAAUUCUCCUAUGAGGAGCUGGCUAUUGCCACUGGUGGAUUUUCUCAGGCCAAUCUACUAGGACAAGGUGGAUUUGGGUACGUGCACAAAGGUGUUUUGCCUGAUGGAAAGGAGGUCGCAGUGAAGAGUCUUAAGUCUGGCAGUGGACAAGGGGAACGGGAGUUCCAGGCUGAGGUUGAAAUCAUUAGUCGUGUUCAUCAUAGACACCUGGUAUCACUUGUUGGAUAUUGCAUUGCUGAUGGGCAGCGUAUGUUGGUUUAUGAAUUCGUUGCCAAUAAGACCUUGGAAUUUCACCUUUAUGGUAUGUUGCUACAUUAA